UUCGGGAAGGAGCACAUCUCGAGGAGAUGUCUUCUUGCCUCGAUUAAACAUCGGGCAAGAUCAAGGACACAGGAUGAAGCAGACCACUUUCUGGCUGUUGAUCGUGGUCCUUGCGACGCGAUCGACUUCGGUAUCGAGAAUCGACGAGAAUCUUACGACAAAGGGAGAAAUUGUCAACAGCAAAAUCGAGGAAUUUUCGGUGGAGGAGUUGAAACAGCUAAAAACGCUGCUGAAACAGGCUACGAAUUCAUCGGGAAAUGAUACGGUUACUGCUACAAGACAAGGACCUUGUCAGUGUCUUGGUGGCGUUUGCGGAUGUUGUUCGCGGAUCUUGUAUGACAGGUGGAAACAGAAGGCUUGUGCGAACAUCACGUAUGAUCCCGAUGAGUUUAGCUUCACCGUACACAUUUUGAUGAACGAUAAAACCCUUUAUACGAGGACUGUUUCUGGGAAGAAUCCUAGACCAGUAUGUGUUCCUUUUCCAAGGCUACCAUUCCUGAGAGCAUGCGUGAGAUUUUAUAAUAUAUAUUUCCAAGGUAGAAAUAUUCAUCUGUGUGUCAAUAUGGAGGGAAAAUUCCAGGAUACGACGGUGUUUAAGGUAAGUUUAGACUGCCUUAGAUUCGGUUCAAACGGAUUAGCCCUUUUAAAACCAGAAGAUGGAGGUGGUUUGGGUCAAUUAGAAGUUUUUCCGGAUGACAGUAAUGAUGAUGAAAACGAUUACGAUGAUGAGAACGAGGAAGAUGAUGAAAAUGAUGAUGAUGGUGAUGAUGAUGAUGAUGACGAUGAUGAUUUAUUCUAA